AUGUCCGCCGAGAUGCCUGAUUACCUCGACAGCCACGGCCACAAGUGGGCAAGUACUUGCCUAAUCCCUUCUCAUCUAAUUCACAAGCCCGGCCACGAGCAAGGUAACGAUGCCUCACCGGAGUACCACGCCCAGGCUUUCCCGCCAGGAACUGCACCAACUCAAAACACUUUCCGUCCCAAUCCCAUCAACGCCGACAUAGGCCAAGCGAACAACCCGGACGCCAUGAAUGAGGAAAGCCACACUGGCGCUCUGGAUAUGCCUGGCUCAACAUCCAAGGACAUCUACAAUUCUACUGACGUCCUGCACGGCAGACCCAUGAUCGGCCAAACCAGUCGUGAAAUCAAAGGCGCCCAUCCGGGAAAGAGAAAGAAGGAGCGUAGCAGCCUCGAGGGUGUAGGUGCCAGCAAUAGCGACUCUGUGUUUAGGCAAGUGAGGCAACAGGUUGCUGAUAAGGAUAAUGUGGAGAAGGGGCAGAGGGGAUAUACUGGUGAGCAGGAGGGUGGUACAGCUGCUGGUGGUGCGGAGUCUAUUCCCCCUGUGAGUGCGGAGGAGAGGGUUGUUCGUCAAGGACCUCAUGGGCGUGCUGUGAAAUACUGA